CAAGAACUGGAGCCUAGCCGUGUUCUCCUGGAUGUACUACUGAUAAAAGCGCCAGUCAUUGUUUUUUUUAAAGAAUUUAUCAUCUCAAGCGGUCUGCUUGAAGAAGUGUAUGGUACAGUGGCUUAAAUAGACUAGCCAGUAAAUAACGAGCGACCAGUGGAGGGCAGUCAGGCGUAAAGUUAUAACACCAACUGACAGAGUUAACUUUUCUUGCCAGUCACUGACAGAGUUAACUUUUCUUGCGCCACCGGAUGAAGGCAUAAAAUGGUGCUGAGGCGAUUGGUCAGACAGUCGGUGAGACAGUCGGUGAGACAGUCGGUGAGACAGUCGGUGAGACAGUCGGUCAGGCAGUGGGUCAGACAGUGGGUGAACACCAGCGUGAGAGCAGCAUCCACAUGUGGUAAUGUUGUAGCAGACGGGGUGGAGGCCAAACCUUUUGAGGACGUGCCCGGCCCCAGGGGGAUCUACCAAAUCCCGUACAUCGGCACUCUAUUUCACUUCAAGCCAUUUUCCCAGUUCACGCCAACCACGAGCAACCAGUUUUUCCAUUCGCUGUUUCUCCGCUACGGUCCACUGGUCAAGCUGCGGAUUGGUCGAGUGUGUGUGGUGACCAGCGACCCUAAGGACAUAGAGACGGUCUACAGAAACGAGGGGCGUGUCCCCCUCCGACCCUCCGUCGACCUGCUCACUGUCUACGCCAAACGGAACGGCUACAAGGACAACCUCAGCAACCUGAAUGGGGAGGAGUGGAGCGCUCUGAGAACCCCCGCCAACAAGAGGUUGAUGAAAGCAGACUCGGCCGAACAUUACCUCCCUCAACACAACGUCAUCGCUGAUGAGCUUGUUGACGUCAUGAGCACCGAGUCUCUGGAGGGGCCGCAACUGGAGGAUUUGUUGUUCCGCUACUCUUCAGAAAGUAUAGGAGUUGUGGCCUUCAAUGCUAGGCUAGGCUUUAUGAACAGGGGGGCUGUCCAGGACCCGGAAGCCUUGGAGUUUCUAGAAGCUUCUAAAGAAUUGUUCCGGUGUCUUCACAAAGUUUUUGUUGGCGAGUCUGUCUUUCACGCGGUGUACAGGAAUAAAACAUACAGAGCUUUUGAACGGGCCUACAAUGUUAUCAAGAGACAAACGAAGCAACACAUCAAACAAGCCUACGCUAUCAACGAACAGAAAUCAAGGGAAGGAACCGCACCAAACGAUGAAUCAAACCUGUUGCUCUCCCUUGUCUCUGGGAAAGACGUGACCGAAGAAGACAUUUGUGCAAUCUUAGAGGCUCUCUACAGCUCUUCAACAGACGCGAUUGCCAGGAAUUUGUUGGUGUUCCUGUACAACCUAGCCAGCCACCCAGAGAAACAGAAAGUACUGAGGGAAGAAAUUCACAAUGUCGUGGGCCAAAAUAAAAUGAUCACAGCCGAGCACCUGAAAGAAAUGCAUUACCUGAAGGCCUGUCUGAAAGAAUCGUUUAGAAUCAACUACCCAACAUCGCUAGGAUCAAUGAGGGUUUUACCAACAGAUGUAGUGUUAAGUGGUUUUCGUAUACCUGCUGGGGUACCCAUCCUGUUCGGAAACCCCACCGCUUGCCGUCUAUAUUUCCAAGAUGCUGACAAGUUUCUUCCCGAGAGAUGGCUCAGAUCUCAAGAUGGCCGAACUCAACAGUCGAUACCCAACAUGGCUCUGCUGCCUUUUGGCCAUGGCCCCAGAAUGUGUAUUGGCCAGCGUUUUGCUCUACAGGAAUUACACUUGACUACAGCAAAGAUUCUACAGAAAUUGUCGAUUGACGUGACACCAGAGUCGAGAGGUGCCACAUUCCACUACAACAUUUCUCCAUUUCCCAACAAGCCAAUACGUUUCGUGUUUACACCAGACAACACCAGAGUGUAGCUCCUACAGUCUCCAUCCACAUCAAACAGUAAACUAAACGUUGCCAUGAGAACAUUUGAAUUGAUUGUA